CCCGCUUUCCGUCAAAAUCACACAAAACCCAACCCAAAUAAUAUUUCAACGACGAACGGUUUCAUCUCGCACAAUUAAUCACUUCCAUAUUUAUUAUUCGAUUGAAUCUCCAUUAAACCCUAAAUAAUUCUUCGUUUCCUCUCCCCCAUUUCCUUCAAUGUUGCUGUAACCUAGAUCCUUUUCAUCAAGUGAGUUCACGACUGUCAUAGCAGCAGCUGAGUGGUUAUGCGUUAGUUUUUGAGGGUUUGGUUGCAAACUUUCUUAAAUUAUGGAGAAGGAAAACUCAACUGAGGAAGAACCAGUGGGUUUUCCGGCUCCUAAGAACGCGAAGGAGGUAGAUCAUAACAUUAAUGUUCCUACUAAGAACAGUGUAUCAGACGAUGAAAUGGCGGGAACUGCCACGGAUACCGGUGAAGAACGCGUAGAAAACGCACCUUAUGUUCAUGAAGAUGAUCCAGAUAUUAAGCCUGCAACAACAGCAUUGAUGGAGGAUAGUUCAAAUGAUAUGGAGAUAAGAAGUCAGGACGAUGAUAAGUUAAUAGAUAACAAUACACCGUCUUCUUCAGUUGGGCUUUUAAAUUCUGAGAACUUAGCCGAUACUCGUGCCGGUGAACCAGAUAUUCAAAAAGAAGACAGGGAGAAGGGUAAUUCGGUAAACGAUAUUACACUCAGUUCUACCGCAACUAGCUCAUUGCCUUCAACACCAGCAGCAAAACAUUUGUUAGACGAUGAACCUGACGAGGAAAUAGUAUCCUCUAGUAAGAGGCAUUUGGUGGAUGAAGAAAUCGAGGAUAGUUCAAACGAUAUGGAGAUAAGAAGUCAGGACGAUGAUACGUUAAUAGAUGUCAGUCCACCAUCUUCUUCAGUUGGGCUCUUAAGUUCUGAGAACUCGGUCAAUACUAGUGUUGGCGAGCGAAAUAUUCAAAAAGAAGACGAGAAGGGUAAUUCAGUAAAUGAUACUACACUCAGUUGUACUGCAGCUGAUGUUGAGCUAAGAUCUCGGGAAGAAGAUAAUUCUACUACUAGCAGUUCAUCAUCUUCUCCUUCCGAGAACUCAAUCAAUGCCAUUGCUCAUGAACCAGAUAUUCAAAUGGAAAACCAUGGAAAGGGCAAUAUUGUAAAUGAUACUAUACCCGAUUAUAAUGCUGAAGAGGGUGAAAUAUUAGAUCAUGGGGAUACAAAAACUGACCCAACGAACAAUACUUCUGGCAAAGCUGAAGUGGAAGCUAAAACUGCUGCUUUGCCUGGCAAACCUUCAGUUCUUACAAAAUUCGUAAAACUAUGUGCAGCCUCCAACAUUUUCCGUCAUCUUUCUAAAGGAACCGAUGAACAUAACGAUUCUAACGAAAAAGAUAACAAGAAUAACGAAUCAAGCAAAGGAGGCGGUCAAGAAGUGAGUCGUACAAGUCAUACAACACCAGAGAAACCAAGAUGGAGUCUCUCGAAUCUAAGCUUAAUUAGAAUCUCAAAUGACAAAAAUCAGCGAAACAAAUCUGAUUCCAAAGAUGAAUAUCUCGAGUCUCCCGAUUUAAUAGCAACUAAAGGAAGAAUCCUAUUAUAUACAAAGUUAUGGUGCGAAAAGUGCAGAGAAGCAAGAAAAAUUCUACGCAAGAGGAGGCUUAGAUAUUCCGAAAUAAACAUAGAUAUGUACCCAAGUAGAAAAGUGGAGCUAGAAGAUUUAACCGGUUCAUCAGAUGUCCCGAAAGUGUUUUUUAAUCAGGUUCUUAUUGAGGGAUUGAAGAAGUUAAAGCGUUUGGAUGAGUCGGGUCAACUUGAUAAGAAGAUAGAGUAUGUUACUAGUGAAGGGCCAUCACCUAAAGCGCCUCUACCACCACUUUCGGGAGAAGAUGAUGCGUCUACUAGAGGUGGUGUAGAUGAACUAGCAGUUAUUGUUCGGAAGAUGAAGCGAUCGAUUGUUGUUAGGGAUCGGUUUUAUAAGUUUCGCAGGGUAACGAAUUGCUUUCUGGGUUCUGAAGCUGUAGAUUUUUUAUCAGAAGAUCAGUUUUUGGAACGAGAAGGGGCUAUUGAAUUUGCUCGCAAGCUUGCUAAGGAGCUUUUCUUCCGGCAUGUUUUUGAGGAGAAUACUUUCGAAGAUGGAAAUCACCUUUACCGAUUUUUGGAUCAAGAUCCCGUAAUAAGUCAAUGUCAAAACAUCCCAAGGGGUAUCAUCCAACGGAAGCGACAGCCGCUUGGAGAGCUUUCACAUAGGCUGAGAUUUUUGCUAUAUGCCAUUCUUGAUGCCUACACAUCAGAAGAUGGAAGGCACAUUGCUUAUAGAAGUAUCCAUGGGAGUGAAGAGUUUGCAAGGUACUUGAGGAUUGCAGAAGAACUUCAAAGACUAGACCUAAAUAAGACGUCCAAGGAAGAACGACUUGCCUUCUUUAUUAAUCUAUACAAUCUGAUGACAAUUCAUGCAAUACUUGUGUGGGGUCAUCCAGAAGGAGCAUUGGAUAGACGGAAAAUGCUUAGUGACUUCAAAUAUGUUAUUGGUGGGUGUGCGUAUUCGCUUUCAGAUAUUCAAAACGGCAUUCUAAGAGCUAACCAGAGACCGCCGUAUGCUCUCGUCAGGCCUUUUAGUAUAUCUGACAAGCGCUUUAAGGUGUCUCUUCCUUAUCUUGAGCCUCUUAUUCACUUCGCGUUGGUUUCUGGGAAUCGAUCUGCUCCUGCUCUUCGAUGCUAUUCUCCUAAAAACAUUGACAGGGAGUUGAUGGAUGCUGCUCGUGAUUUCUUGCAAAGUGGCGCGUUUGUACUUCAUUUGGACUCCAUGUCCGUUUCAGUUACUAAAAUACUCAAUUGGUAUAGUGUGGAUUUCGGAAAGAAUGAAGCGGAGAUACUGAAACAUGCAGCUAUUUACCUGGAAGUUGAACAGACUCGUACUCUUAUGGAAUUGCUUGAUAGUACUCCUCAAUUAAAAGUCGUUUAUCAGCCUUAUGAUUGGAGAUUGAACAGCUGACAAUCAGAAACGUAAGCAAUACACAGGUUAAAUCGAUCCAUCCUUUUUUACCAAAGAAUAUAUAUAUACAAGUCAACCUCACGCAGAAGUUCUUAUGAGCCCUCUUUUAUUGCUUCUAUACAUUUUGAUGAGCGGCUUGCGAAAGGUAGUUUUGUCAUGAGGACUCUUUUGUAAACUCAAGUUUAUAUAUAUGUCGUCACCCCGUCGUGCAAGAGGGGGGUGGGGGUGUAUGCUAUUUUGGUAAAAUUUAAAGGUUUAAUUAUAUAUCUGUUUAAAUCA